AAUCUAUCUAGAUACAUUCUUUUCUUUCAAGGAAGGUGAUGGAUUUGACCGCUACUCAAUAGGAAAUCUUUGCCAAUCAGCUGAGACCUACAUAACGCGUCCCCCCUCGCAGCUCACCAAAAUCGAGGUCUUGGAUCAGCAGAAGAAUGUCAUGUUUUUCUUGGUGCCGUGAUCGGGAUUCGGAAAGGAUCACCAGAUGUUGAGGGCUGAAUAAAACUGACCCUCUAUCCCCUCACUUGGAUCCUCUAUAUUAUAUCUAUUCAUCAAUUGACAUAGUUACAUCCUCAAUAUGCCUCCUGGAGUUCCACCAAAGCGAUCCUACUCUCGUACCGAUGCUGCUGUGCGCGUCGAGUACCCUGAGCACCAUGAACUUCCCGCUAGUAAGCCAUUGAUCGGUCAGGGCGGACAGUUCUCCAAGCCGACGUUGGCGUCGUUGUCGCUUGAGGGGAAGACGAUUGUUAUCACGGGCGGUGCGAGAGGUUUGGGGUUGGUUAUGGGGCAGGGAAUUGUCUACUCAGGUGCUGAUUUGGCGAUUGUUGACUUGAAUAAGGAUGAAGCGCAGUCGCAGGUUGGUCAGUUGACGGACGCCUUCAAGAGAGAGAAUCCAAACAGCCAGAAAAUUCCACGAGUCACAGCUCACUACGCAGAUGUCGCAGACCAAGACUCAGUAAACAAAUGCAUCGCCGAAAUUCUCAGCAUCCAUCACAAGAUCGAUGGCCUAGUUACAUCAGCCGGCUUCACUGAGAAUUUUGAUGCGAUCCACUACCCCAUUGAACGUAUGCGCAAGCUAUGGGGUGUCAAUGUCGAUGGAACUUAUCUGUUCGCCGUCGCUGUUGCCAAGCAUCUCAUGGAGCGUGAGGCGCCUGGAAGUAUUGUUGUCAUAGGUAGCAUGUCUGGGGCCAUCGUCAAUGUUCCUCAACCGCAGGCUCCGUAUAACGCUGCCAAGGCGGCGGUUCGCCAUUUAGCUGCUUCUUUGGCAGUCGAGUGGGCUCAUGCUGGCAUUCGUGUCAACUGUAUCUCUCCCGGUUACAUGUUGACUGCUUUAACGCAGAAAAUCCUGAAUGACAACCCGGAUCUUGAAAAGACGUGGACGUCUCUCAUCCCCCAGGGACGAAUGGGCCAGCCGCAAGACUUGAUGGGACCUGUGACCUUCCUUUUGUCUGAUGCUUCUUCAUACAUGACUGGAUCGGAUCUUCGAGUUGAUGGAGGCUACACUGUCACUUAGAUAGGAACAAGUCUCCGUCAAACUGGUCUCGAGUGCUGUUAUGAUAGACGUUGAAUAUUUGAAUGAACGUAUAAAGUCCAAAUGGUGGCCCAAAUGCAUGAAUGGUCUUAUUGCCUUCUUGUGUCGGUCCUGGAGUGACCUCAGGGAGCAAGAAAACUUCUGACAUUGAAUCAGGGUGCCAAAAUAAACUGAUC